AUGGUGGUCUUACUGCUCACUCUUCCAAUCACCGUCGUUGAUAGUUUCGUCGUCGACAUGUUUACCGGCUUCAACGAACUCAUCGGCUUAAACUUCGUCCUUCAAAAACCCUCACCAUCUACCGGAGCUAUUUGGAAGGAAUUGAACAUCGGAAAGUUAAAGUAUGAUGAUGUUUCAGCGGAGAUUGCAGACGCGGCUAGAGGCUCGUUUCAGAGAUCUGAUGACGACGAAGUUUCGUGGAAAUCUGCAAGCGAUGUACUUUUCCAAGAAGACAACGAUGACAUCAUACCAGAACCUGAUUCCAAAUUCGCAGAAGAUUUACAAAUCCAAGAAGCUUUAUUAGCAUCAACCUCAUCCCACAAAACAAGAUCAACCCUAAGUUCAUUAUUGAAGAGCACAGAAUUCAAAGAAAUCAUCUGCAAAAUCUGCUUAGAGAAUCAAGAAUCAUGGCAGAUGUUCACAAACUCAACAUGCUCUCAUUCCUUCUGCUACACCUGCACCAGAAAACACGCAACAACAAAGAUCCACGAAUCCAAGAACACAAUCACAUGCCCAGAACUAAACUGCAAAUCCACAUUAGAUCCCAACACCUUGAGACAAAUCAUCCCAAAAGAAACCCUAAUCAAAUGGGAUGAACACCUCUGUGAAUCCAUGAUUCUUGAAUCCCAAAAGCUAUACUGCCCUUUUGCUGACUGUUCUGUUUUGCUGAUAAACGAUGACAUCAGCAUCACAAAUAUCGAUUGUCCGGUUUGCAGGCGCGCGUUUUGUGCAGUGUGUAGGGUUCCAUGGCAUUCUGAGUUUAGUUGUAAGGAGUUUGGGAAACUUAAGAGUAAAAGGAAAGGGAAAAGAGAUGAUGACAUGGCAAUUGCACUUGCUAAAAAGAAGAAAUGGAAGAAGUGUCCAAUGUGUAGGUUUUUUGUGGAGAAAAGUGAGGGGUGUUUGCAUAUAACAUGUAGAUGUGAGUAUGAGUUUUGUUAUAAUUGUGGGGGAAAGUGGAGUUCGAGUCAUGGUGGAUGCAAAUCAAGAUCUUGAUUAUGAAGGAAGAUAGAAGUUAGUGUGGAUAUGGUUUAGGUUGUGUUUGUUACAUGUGACAUGAUUGGAUUUGGCUGAUGCUGAUCUGUGAUGCAUGGUUUAGACUGUGUUUGUUAACGAUGACUAGGUUGGAUUUGACGGUUUUAUCAUGUUCAUUUUGAAUUUUAUUUUUUAUAUGAGAUGAGACUGGAUUGAAUUGUAUUAAGUACUGAAUGACAAAUGCUUAUUAGCAUAUAAUAUAUAUAGCUAUGAAGAACCUAGGU